AUGUUGAAUGUACGGGCCCUCAACAAACUCUUGACCGAGAACGUCGACAACAAGCUCUUCGUGCGGUGGUUUAUCAUGACGCCAAACGGAUCGUUGAUGGCAUACACUCUGCCUGCAAACAUGAAGGAACUACGCGACCAAGUCGCUCUGGUAUCAAUAUCCUGGAAAGAGCAUCUGGAACGCAAAGACAACGAACGAUUUGAACCGCAGUAUACACAAGGUGGCCCUAACGAACCCUCGAAACGCGUGGUUCGACCUGAUGCAUUAGAGACAUUGACUGUUGAAUUCGACCACCGGAACCUGAUUGUCAGGUAUCUGCAGCCCAAGUUGCUUUUGGUGCUCGAAGGUGGAGUGCCGCCGGGAAGGAAACGCGAGCUCAAAGUGACAGCAGAAGCGCCCGGAGAUUCGCGAUAUCCAUCCGAGGACUCGAGUGUGUCUGACCGCACCGAUACUAUGCUCGGAACAUCUGUUGGAUCAAAAGCAUCGACGACAGUUAGUAGCACACAACGCCUCAGUGUCCUGCACAUUCAGCGUAGGAAAACGGAAAUCAUGGCCGAGACGAUAAAGCGCGAACUAUCUGGGUUCGAGGUAUGUUGCGAAUAA